GUGCGUGUGUUGUUUAGACGCCGCUGUGCGCGCACGAGCAUGUCUCGAGACGCGCUCGUGUCGUGCGCGCUGCUGUGCGCGGUGCUGUGCGCGCUGCUGCCCGCCCGGCACGGGGCUGCCGCGGCUGAUGUCGAAGGGACCCCGUGUGUCCGCGGCCGGUUCAACGGCACGUGCGUGCUUAGCAAGCGCUGCGAGACGCUCAUCCUGGACUACAGGGAUAGAUCGUUCCCGCCGGUGUGCGGGCUGCGCGGCAAGGAGCCCAUCGUGUGCUGCACCGACUGUGAGCUCGUGGACAACAUCGAUAACAUAUACCUGACGAGGAGAUACAGCCGACUCGAAAAAACAAAUAAAAAAUCUUGGGACGCUUGUAUCGAUUACGUUCUGAACAUACCUGAGUAUUUUUGUACUAGUACCGUGACGUUUAAUUUUAACAAAGCUUGGGAUUCGGAGAAGAAAUGUCACAAAAUUAGUAUUAGUUCGCAGUCACCUGUAGGCGGUGAAGACGCCGAAAGAGCGGAGUUCCCCUUCAUGGCGCUGCUGGGGUUCGGACCGAGCGCGGAGGAGGCGCAGUGGCUGUGCGGCGGGUCGGUGCUCUCCGCGCGGUACAUCCUCACGGCGGCGCACUGCAUCUCCGAGCCACGCCUGGGACCCUUGAAGUACGCAGCUCUCGGUAUCCUGAAGCGCUCCGACCCUCCUGAGAUCUGGCAGCGGCACACCCUCGCCCAGGUCAUCCCGCACCCCGACUACGCCUCGCCCUCCAAGUACCACGACAUCGCGCUCCUCAAGACCGAGAAACAAAUAAUAUUCAACGUGAACGUAGUGCCCGCGUGUUUGUACUCCGGUGUGAACAGUAAGAGAAUUGACCCAACACGAGCUCUGGCACUGGGCUGGGGCUACUUGGGGCCGCGGGAACGCUUGGCCGAUGUUCUGCAGAAGGUCGAAGUGAGCGAGUUCACCACUGAGGAGUGCUUGACGCAAUAUCCUGAGCACCGGCACCUGCUCGACGGGUUCGACAACAGCACGCAGAUGUGCUACGGAGACCACGACACACCGCACGACACUUGCGAGGGUGACAGCGGCGGUCCCUUGAUCCUGCACGAGAGCGAGGCGGGCUGCGCCAGGGCUGUGUUUGGCGUGACGUCAUCAGGCGUGGCGUGUGGCGACGCGGGCGCCGGCCUCUACACGCGCGUCGAGCCCUACAAGCCCUGGAUUGAGAGCAUCGUCUGGCCUUGAGACCUUGUGACCUAAUAAAAAUAUUGCUUAGUAAUAUA